AUGAAUGGCGCAGAGGCAGGCGAGCACAGCUCAGCCACCUCUUCUUCCAUGACUCCCGGGGUCCGAGGGGUCCUUGGCUGGAGCCAGCAGGUGCUAAGUGAUCUAUCUUCUCCCCCCAAUCAUUAUCUCCCUCCCUCCUUCUCCUCCCCCCCCCCGGCCGCACCCCCCGGCAAUGACGAGAACCGCAUCCAGAUCCGGUGGCGUGGGCAUGGAAACGGCCCGGGAGCCAGCCCCUACAAGCAAACCACCGCUUUGGCGAUCGUGGGCAAAAUCCAGGAGGUACUCCGCCGCAGUAGCCUCCCUGGCCUUGCCAGUGUGCAGGUAGCGGGGGCCCAGGUGCUUCGUAGCGGCGAUUUAGAUGUGUACACCCACUCUGCGUCAGAUCGGGAGCGCCUUCUCUGGAACAAAGAGGCAUGGCUCCAGGAGCUCCCAAAAGGCAAGCAUGCCCAGAUCACUAAUCACCAGUACACUGUCCUUAUUCACCAUGUCCCUAUUACCUUCCUUCCCUCUAGCACCCUGAGCGCGGUGGAACACCUCCAGGAGAAGACCUUACACUAUAACCUAGCACUCCGCGGCCCCAUACUACAUGUGGGCUGGUGCGGGAAUGAUGCUGCAGCCCGACAGAGCAAGCAGAAAUCUUCCCUGGUUAUCUCCUUCCGGGAUGCACAGUCAGUGAACCAGGCCAUUCAGAACCAAAUCUUCCUAGAUGGCACUCCGCUGCGUAUAGAGCUAUUUGACCCGCUCUGCUGGCAUCCUAUAAAGUUCUGCAAGGUCAAAGGGGUCUUUCCCAGCACCACUGCGCUGUCUGCCAUGGCCUACACCAGGCCGACAGCAAGCAAUGCCCAGUACGCCAACACGAACAUCGACUAUCCCAAGAUCAACUACAAAACCAACCCCAAUUCUUUGCCAGCCUGCCCUAGCCAGCCGACCCGGCCCCAAACACCAGGCCGACCCCGGACGCCGGAGCGGCUCCGCCACAGCCACCUGCGCCACCGCACGACGCAACCAGCACGUAGCCCCCCAGAAGACACGCGUCAACUGGCCGGCCAGCCACCAAUACCAGUUGACGCGUCUAAAACAACACGCUCUCCCACAAAGGCCCCCAUCCACCCAAUAAUCGACGUCAGCCGCCAUCCAUCUUUGCAGCUUCAGCCCACCCAUUCCAUGCACACCUGCUCCCGAAGCACGUCACUAAAACGACCCCGGAAAGCAACCACACCAGACCCUGAACCUAGACCCGCAGCGGAGGAACCAGCACCUCCACCGCUGGCCACCUGGGAUACAGACUUCUACAUACCGGUGCCAACACCGCCGCAGACGACGGGCACCAGCACCCCUAAAAAACCAGCUAAUUCAGCCUCCCCGCCCCCGUCCCUACUAUCCAACCCGGCCCGACGCGUCCCUGGACUCUCUCUCUCCCCCCAAAUAUCCAACACAUCAAGCCUCUCAGUCAUCUCCCGCACGCCCACCCUCCCAAGUGAUCUCACCUGGGAGGUCCCCGAGCUGCCAGGGCCGAAACGCAAACACAGCCACAGCCAGGGCCGUCAGCUCACCACAAGCAGCCCUGAUCCACUUGUUACCCCUAUAUCAAAACACCGAAAGAUAUCCACUAAGACAUAUGACACAGAAGAUGAUAACACCACGCAAGCCUCAGCAGCACUAGGCCUGCCUACACCAUACACCAGCCCGAACCUGCCAACCAAACCGGCCUCAACACAGGGGACAUGCAGCCAGGGACUGCCCGAUCCAGCAGCCCCCUUCCGCCACAGCCCCGGUUUGUAA